AUGGCGGCGCAAAGUAGUGGUGGGGGUGGAGGUUGUGGUGAGGAAGAUAAAGAUGCCAAAUAUAUGUUUGAUAGGAUAGGGAAAGAAGUGCACGACGAAGUGAAAAAUGCUGCAAAUGUCUUUAAAGAUUAUUUGAAAGGAAAUUUGACAAUAUCAACAAUUUUUGGUGAGGAAACAGUUGCCUUCACAGAUCCGUGCGAGCUUAUAAAAGAAAAACGUGAUGAACUUCUUGCUGCUCGCGGUGAUCCGUGCGGAAAAGGAAAAGAACAUCGUUUUUCUAAAGAACGUGGCGCUGAAUGUGAUGAUAACAAAAUUGAAGGUAAUGUUCGUAGUAAAGGUAAAGGAGGUAAGAGUGCAGGUGCAUGUGCUCCAUAUAGACGGUUAUCUCUAUGUAACAAAAAUUUUCCAAAUAUGAAUAGUAAGGAUAGUUUGAAAGCUAAAAAUGAUUUAUUGGUAGAUGUGUGUUAUGCAGCAAAAUACGAGGCAGAGUCAUUAAUACCUUAUCAUGACCAAUAUAAAUUAACUUAUGGUGAUUCUCAAAUAUGUACUGUAUUAGCCCGAAGUUUUGCAGAUAUAGGUGAUAUUGUCAGAGGAAAAGAUCUUUUCCUUGGUCAUAAUCAAAGAAAAAAAAAAUUAGAAGAAAGAUUAGAACAAAUGUUUAAGAACAUUACGCAUAGUAAUGCGGCUAAACUAAGUGUACUUUCAAGCAAAGAAAUUAGGGAAUAUUGGUGGGCUCUUAAUAGAGACCAAGUAUGGAAAGCACUAACAUGUGACGAAGAGAACAAGCUAGGGGGUAAUGCAUAUUUUCAUGCAACGUGCAGUGAACGUAAUGGAGGUUGUUCUCAAGCUCAUGAAAAAUGCAGGUGUCCCAUGACAAGUGAUGGCAAGCCCAAUGACCAAGUCCCCACGUAUUUUGACUACGUGCCGCAGUAUCUUCGCUGGUUCGAGGAAUGGGCAGAAGAUUUUUGCAGGAAAAAAAAAAUAUAUGUUGAUAUAGUUAAAAAAUAUUGUCGUGGAGAAAGAGAUGGUGAGAAAUAUUGUAGUUUGAAUGGCUGCGAUUGCACAAAAACUGUUAGAGCACGAGGUAAGUUGCGUUAUGGUAAUAGAUGCACGGACUGUUUGUUUGCAUGUCAUCGUUAUGAAAAUUGGAUAGAUAACCAACGGAAACAAUUUCUAAAACAACGAAACAAAUAUACUGAAGAAAUAAAUGGAACAUCAACUAGUAGUAGGACAAGACGAAGUGCACGUGGUGGUAGUGAUCAUAAAGGAUAUGAAAAAAUUUUUUAUGAAAAACUUGAAGGUGAAUAUAGAACCGUUGAUGGUUUUUUGGAAUUAUUAAAUAAAGAAAAAGCAUGCCAAGAAGUUAAAGACAGUGAAGGAGGAAAAAUUAAUUUUAGUGAAAAACACAGUGGUAAUAGUAAUGAUGAAACAAAAGGAACAUUUUAUCGUUCGGAAUAUUGCCAACCAUGUCCUUAUUGUGGAGUGAGAAAGACAAAGGGUAAUCAAUGGGAAAAUAAAAGUAAAAAUGAUCAAUGCAAUAUAAAACUUUAUAGGCCUAAUCCUGGCGAGUCAGGUACUCCUAUUGAAAUCCUUAAAAGUGGUGAAGGAGAAACAGAAAUUGAAAACAAAUUGAACGCGUUCUGUGCUCAAACAAAAAAUGGUAGUGUUGUUGGUGGCGGUAGUGGUGGUGGUAACAGUGAUAGUAAGGAACUUUAUGAUGAAUGGCAAUGUUAUGAAUUUAAACAGCUGACGACAGAUGGUCAGGAGGACGAUGAUGACGAGGACUAUGACAAGGAUGUAAGAACUGGAGGCGGAUUAUGUAUAUUGGAAAAAAAAAAAGAAGAAGGUGAAGCCAAAUCUCAAAAUGAACCUGAUGAAAUCCAAAAGACAUACAAUGAUUUUUUUUACUAUUGGGUGGCACAUAUGUUAAAAGAUUCUAUACAUUGGAGAACAAAAAAACUUGAUAAGUGUAUAAAUAACACUAAUAAAUCAAAAGCAUGUAAAAACAGUAAUAAAUGUAAUAAUGAUUGUGGUUGUUUUCAAAAAUGGGUUGAUCAAAAAAAAGAAAAGGAAUGGGACGCAAUAAAACAACAAUUUCGCAAGCAAAAAGAUAUUGGAGAUGAAACAAAUUGUGAUCCUAUCGUAACUCUUGAAGGUGUUUUGCAAAUAGAAUUUUUGAAAGGCGAUUCCGAAGACAGUUCCGAAGAAAAAUCCGAAAAUAGUCUGGAUGCAAAGGAAAUACAACACCUUCGCCAAAUGUUGAAACAAGCAGGUGUUGCUAUUGGUCUUGAUGCUUUUGUUGCUCUUCGUGGUCGGUGUACUGAAGGUGGUGCCGACAGUCAAAAUAAGACCACAAUUGAUAAAUUGCUCGAUGAGGAAGCAAAAGAAGCCAAAGAUUGCCAAUCAAAACACAAAGAUCCCUGUCCCAAACCACAAGAUGGUGUUGCCGGUCGUUCCGCCGAACACCCCGAAGAGCAGGAGGAGGAAGAAGAAGACGACGACGAAGAGAUCGAGGAGAAGUCGGAGGAAAACGACGAGGAGUCGGAAAAGACGGUGGAGGACAAGGAGACAGAGGCGGAAAACGUCGCAGAGGUACCACCAACAACACAAGACAAUGCGGAGAAGCCAUGUGAUAUAGUGGCUGAACUAUUUAAAAAACCGGACACUCUCAAACAAGCCUGUCCAACCAAAUAUGGAAGUAAAGCACCCACAAGUUGGAAAUGUAUACCAACCAAACCAAAUAGUGACAGUAGUACCACAGGUGGUGGUAGUGACACUGGUGUUCCUACCACUAAAUCUGGUGCCACUGGCAAAAGUGGUGGUAGUGAUACUGGUAGUGUUUGUAUCCCACCCAGGAGGCGAAAACUAUAUGUGGGUGAGUUAACGAAGUGGGCGGAAAGCAAACAGGUGGCACAAGCACAAACAACUGACACACAGACACAAGUUGACGCCGCGUCGACAUCGACGUCACAGACGUCUCUCCUCCGCGACGCGUUUAUUCAAUCUGCGGCAGUGGAAACUUUUUUUUUGUGGCAUAGAUACAAAAAAGAGUGGGAAUUGCGACAAAAGGAGGCGGAACAAGGACAAAGUGGAUUACCAGGAAUUGGUGUGCCUGGAGCUGGGAUACCUGUAGUGCCUGGGGCAGGAAUACCAGGAGUAGUAGGUGCGAACGGCCUAUCACAACCAGUACUCGGUGUAGACAAUGACAACCCCCAAACAUCGUUACAAAAUGGUACAAUCCCCACCGAUUUUUUGCGUCAAAUGUUUUAUACUUUAGGUGAUUAUAGGGAUAUAUUAUUUAGUGGUAGUAACGACACAACUAGUGGUAGUAAAGACACAUCUAGUGGUAGUAAUGACAACCUCAAACAUAUUGUUCUUAAUGCAGGGGGUGACCAGAAGAGCAAGGAUGAAAUGCAGACAAUACAAACAGCUAUAAGUAGCUAUUUUUCAAAUAGUGGUAAACCUUCUACUAGUGUCACACCUGUCACCCAACCUAGUGGCACAACCCCUCAAGCCUUGUGGUCAAAAUACGCCGAAUCUAUCUGGAAUGGAAUGGUAUGUGCCUUAACCUAUAGAGAUAGUGGCGACAAAGGCGGAAAACCACAAAAAGUUGAAGCUGCGAACGGCAAACUUUUCCAACAACUCAAAGACAAAUACGGCGAAUACGACAAAGUAAAACUCGAAGAAGAAGAUAGUGAGAACCAAGCCAAAGGUAGCUCCUCCCAACACCCCGAAAACCCCUCAACCACUAGUGAAAACAAACCCACCCACCUCACCGACUUUAUAUCACGCCCCCCCUACUUCCGAUACCUUGAAGAAUGGGGUCAAAAUUUUUGUAAAAAACGAACAGAGAUGUUGGGGAAAAUUAAAGAUAAUUGUACGGAAGAUGGUGGUAAAACAAAAAAAUGUAGUGGGGAUGGACAUGAUUGUACUGAUGGCAAACGUAGAUAUAAUAAUAUGUUUGAUGAUUUAGAUUGUCGUCCUUGUUAUGAACAAUGUAGAAAAUAUAGAAAAUGGAUAGAUAUAAAAUUCGUAGAAUAUCAAAAUCAAAAAAAUAAAUAUGGAGAGGAACAUGAAAAAUUAAAAACUAAUUCUAAUGGUGAUAAUAAUUGUUGUACAGAAAUAAAAGAAAAAACUUCUGCUGCAGAUUUUUUGAAAGCAUUGAAACAUUGCAAAGAUGGUCAAACUGGUGGGGAAAAAAAUAAAACACAUUUUGAGAAUCCUGAAACCACGUUUGGCCCCUUAGAUUAUUGUAAAACGUGUCCUCCCAAUAAGGUUUCUUGUAAUGUUAUACGUGGUAGAAGUGGUGGUAGAAAUGGAUGUAAUGUUAAGGAUAAUGAAGACAAAUGGAAAGAGGUUUUUGAUGGAAUAAGUGGAAACGGUGGAAAGAGUUCUACUAUUGAAGUCGAAAUGAUUGAUCGUAGGGGACCGUAUAUGAAGGAGUAUAUGAAAGAAAAUUCAAAAAAUCCAUUUAAAACAUCACGUUUAUUUAAAGGUAUAAGGAAAGAACAAUGGGAAUGUAAAGUUACUAAUGAUGAUAUGCAUAUAUGUAAACUAGAUCAGUUUAAGGAAAAUAUAAACCUCAAUCCAUAUACUACAUUUAAAGUAUUGCUACAUUAUUGGUUAGAAGAUUUUUUAUAUGGUUAUUAUAUAUCAAAAAAAAAAAUAGAAAAAUGUACACAAAAAGAAAAAAAUGCAUGUGAUGAAGAAACUAAAAAAAAUUGUGUAUGUGUGAAAACAUGGGUAGAACAAAAGAAAAAGGAGUGGAAAGAAAUAAAAAAACAUUUUAAAAAUCGAGAACAAAAAUAUGGUCAGGGAAAUGAUAUUAAGUCUAAAGUUAAAAUGUUUUUGGAGACCUUGAUACCUCUAAUGGAUCUUGUAAAUAAUAAAGGAAAGCAUGAAAGUCUAGAUGCGUUCCUGAAGUCCUAUGAAUGUAAAUGCGCUGAGAGCUCAGGAAAAAAAGGUGGUAAAGAGAACAAUAUUGUUCUAUGUUUGCUUGAUAUGCUUGAAAAAAAAGCAACACCUUGUUUAUCCUCAACUAGUGACAGCUCAGAAACACCCUGUGAAAAUACCCCCACCACCCUUGACGAUGACGAUCCCCUUGAAGAGGAAAACCCAGUAAUACACCCUCAAAUUUGUGGAGAUAUACCAACAACAAAAGAAACAGUGGAUGAAGACGCUUGUAAACGAGCAGAGGAACCACCAAAAGAACCGGCACCAACAGGACCGAAAAAACCGGCACCAACAGCAGGUGGUGAGGAAGACCAAACCGAAAAAGACACCGAAGUCAACCCCCUGGCACCGGCCCCUGCGGAUGAAACCUUUGACCCGACUAUCUUGCAAACAACCAUUCCUUUAGGUAUUGCGCUGGCAUUAGGAUCUAUUGCUUUUUUAUUUUUGAAGAAAAAAACCAAAGCAUCUGUUGGAAAUUUAUUCCAAAUACUGCAAAUACCCAAAAGUGAUUAUGAUAUACCGACAAAACUUUCACCCAAUAGAUAUAUACCUUAUACUAGUGGUAAAUACAGAGGCAAACGGUACAUUUACCUUGAAGGAGAUAGUGGAACUGAUAGUGGUUACACCGAUCAUUAUAGUGAUAUUACUUCAUCUUCCGAAAGUGAGUAUGAAGAAUUUGAUAUUAAUGAUAUAUAUGUACCAGGUAGUCCUAAAUAUAAAACAUUGAUAGAAGUGGUACUAGAACCUAGUGGUAACAACACAACAGCUAGUGGUAACAACACAACAGCUAGUGGUAACAACACAACAGCUAGUGGUAACAACACAACAGCUAGUGGUAACAACACAACAGCUAGUGAUACACAAAAUGAUAUACAAAAUGAUGGUAUACCUAGUAGUAAAAUUACAGAUAAUGAGUGGAAUACAUUGAAAGAUGAAUUUAUAUCACAAUAUCUACAAAGUGAACAACCAAAGGAUGUACCAAAUGAUUAUAAAAGUGGAAAUAGUUCAACAAAUACCAAUAUUACUACCACGUCACGUGAUAAUAUGGAAGAAAAACCUUUUAUUAUGUCCAUUCAUGAUAGAGAUUUAUAUAGUGGAGAAGAAUAUAGUUAUAAUGUUAAUAUGAGUACUAAUAGUAUGGAUGAUCCAAAAUAUGUAUCAAAUAAUGUAUAUUCUGGUAUAGAUUUAAUUAAUGAUUCGUUGAAUAGUAAUAAUGUUGAUAUUUAUGAUGAAGUGUUGAAACGAAAAGAAAACGAAUUAUUUGGGACAAAUCAUGUGAAACAAACAAGUAUACAUAGUGUUGCCAAACUAACAAAUAGUGACCCCAUCCACAACCAACUAGAACUGUUCCAUACAUGGCUAGAUAGACAUAGAGAUAUGUGCGAAAAGUGGAAUAAUAAAGAGGAAGUAUUAGAUAAAUUAAAAGAAGAGUGGGAAAAUGAUACAUCAACUAGUGGUAACACUCACCCUAGUGAUAGUAACAAAACGUUGAAUACUGAUGUUUCUAUUCAAAUACAUAUGGAUAAUCCUAAACCUAUAAAUCAAUUUAAUAAUAUGGAUACUAUCUUGGAAGAUCUGGACAAACCAUUUAAUGAACCCUACUAUUAUGAUAUGUAUGACGAUGAUAUUUAUUAUGAUGUAAAUGAUGAUAAUGAUACAUCAACUGUGGAUAGUAAUAAUAUGGAUGUACCUAGUAAAGUACAAAUUGAAAUGGAUGUAAAUACUAAAUUGGUGAAAGAGAAAUAUCCUAUAUCGGAUGUAUGGGAUAUAUAA